AUGGCAAAUCAUAUUGAUUUCCUCGUGAAAGUAACGACAAAUUUUAGUGGUGCAACAGUCGAUGCACUUAAAUCGAGUAUCAUUGUUGCUAUAGAUCAAUAUCAAAAUUCGAGAACUCCAACUGACAAGACUUUACUUGAAUUAACUGACAAUACAGCGAGAGAAUUUAGCUGUUGGUUUGGUAUUGGAACAUUACCAGAAAUUUAUCAUCUCUAUCCAGAUAUUGUUUCAUCGACAGAACAACAAGAAAAAUAUUCACUUAAAUUAUCUAAUAUUUCACCAUCGGGUAGUAUUCUUGUUGAUUUACAAUAUCGAAAAUGUUUAAUUGAAUUAUCUAGUAAUGAUGCAACACUCGAAAGUGAUCUCAAUCUCGAAGAAACAUCAACAUUAACAUUACUUUCACGUUUUGUUAAUGGAUGUUCAAGUUGA